UUUUAUUUAGGUUCGUUUUUUGUUUUUCCUAUGAAUAUUUUUAUAACAAAACAAGGAUGCAUUGUGGAUUAGUGCUGUUCCUCUUAAUGGAAAUCUUCUUCGUUGCUAAAGCUUUCAAAAAUGACAAGUGUGGGGACAACAUCAGAAUAACGAAUGCGAAUUACCUCACUUCACCUGGCUAUCCGGCAUCAUAUUUGCCAUCUCAGAAAUGCGUUUGGGUGAUUACAGCGCCUGGACCUCACCAGAGAAUUCUAAUCAACUUUAACCCGCAUUUUGAUCUCGAGGACAGAGAGUGCAAGUAUGACUAUGUGGAGGUACGUGACGGUGUGGACGAGAGUGGGCAGCUGGUGGGGAAGUACUGUGGGAAGAUCGCCCCGUCACCCGUGGUGUCUUCUGGGUACCAGCUCUACAUCAAGUUUGUGUCCGACUACGAGACCCAUGGAGCAGGCUUCUCCAUCCGCUACGAGGUCUUCAAAACAGGUCCGGAAUGUUCCAGGAACUUCACAUCUAACAAUGGGGUAAUAAAGUCACCUGGUUUUCCAGAGAAGUAUCCUAACAACCUGGACUGCACCUUCAUGAUCUUUGCCCCCAAGAUGUCCGAGAUCAUCCUGGAGUUUGAGAGCUUCGAGCUUGAGCCUGACACCACCCCUCCCACCGGGGUCUUCUGUCGAUACGAUAGGCUGGAGAUCUGGGACGGCUUCCCUGGAGUUGGUCCGUACAUUGGGCGGUACUGUGGUCAGAACACCCCGGGUCGUAUCAUCUCCUACACGGGCAUCUUGGCACUGACAAUCAACACCGAUAGUGCCAUCGCCAAGGAAGGCUUCUCUGCCAACUUCACGGUGUUGGAGCGGACUGUGCCAGAGGAUUUUGACUGUACAGACGCAUUAGGUAUGGAAUCGGGGGAGAUAGCAUCAGAGCAGAUCGUAGCUUCUUCUCAGUACAACCCCGGCUGGUCCCCGGAGCGAGCCAGACUCAACUACUACGAGAACGCAUGGACACCAGGAGAGGACAACAACAAGGAGUGGAUACAGGUGGACUUGGGUUUCCUUCGGUUUGUGUCGGCCAUCGGAACACAGGGGGCCGUUUCCCAGGAGACCAGGAAAACCUACUGGAUCAAGUCCUACAAGGUGGAUGUCAGCUCUAACGGAGAAGACUGGAUCACACUAAAGGAGGGGUCAAAACAGAAGGUUUUCCAAGGGAACACCAACCCUACUGAUGUUGCCAGGACGAUGCUUCCCAAACCCACUCUCACCCGCUUCGUCCGGGUCCGGCCCGUUGCCUGGGAAAUGGGCAUCGCUCUGCGCUUCGAGGUGUACGGCUGUAAGAUAUCAGAGUACCCAUGUUCGGGCAUGCUGGGCAUGGUAUCAGGUCUGAUCACAGAUGCCCAGAUCACAGCUUCGUCCCACACUGACCGGAGCUGGGUUCCUGAGAACGCCCGCCUGCUGACCAGCCGCUCCGGGUGGACCCUGCUUCCCCAGCCCCAGCCCUUCACCUCAGAGUGGCUACAGGUGGAUCUGGGGGAGGAGAAGCUGGUGAGAGGACUCAUCAUCCAGGGAGGGAAAUACAGAGAGAACAAGGUUUUCAUGAAGAAGUUCAGACUGGGAUACAGUAACAAUGAAUCUGAUUGGAAGAUGGUCCAGGACGCUAACGGCAACAAGCCAAAGAUUUUUGAGGGGAAUCAGAACUACGAUACACCAGAGCUGAGGACCGUGGAGCCCUUGCUGACACGCUACGUCAGGGUCUACCCAGAGAGGUCCACCCCUGCUGGAAUGGGCCUCCGACUCGAGCUCCUGGGCUGUGAGAUUGAAGCUCCCACUCCCCUCCCCACCACACUGGCAUCCACAACUCCGUCAGAUGAGUGUGAUGAUGACCAGGCCAGCUGCCACAGUGGAACAGGUGAUGACUACGAUGUGACAGGUGGGACCACAGCGCCAGAGGGCAAGACAGAGGUGGACACCAUCCCAGCGUUCCUGUGGUUUGCAUGUGACUUUGGCUGGGCCAACGACCCCUCGUUUUGCGGCUGGACCUCAGUGGACAGCGACUUCAGAUGGCAGAUACAGUCCAGCGGCACGCCCACGCUCAACACCGGACCCAACAUGGACCACACAGGCGGAUCCGGUAACUUCAUCUACACCCUAGCGACGGGCUCCCAGGAAACGGAGGUUGCUAGGCUGGUCAGUCCGGUGGUGACAGUUGGUCAGUCUGACCUGUGCGUGUCGUUCUGGUACCACAUGUUUGGCUCGCACAUUGGCACGUUGCACAUCAAACAGAGGAAGGAGACGGUCGAUGGCAUUGCUGACAUACUACUGUGGACCGUCAGCGGUCACCAGGGCAACCGCUGGAGAGAGGGACGCGUGCUAGUACCACACUCCAGUAAACCCUACCAGGUGGUGAUUGAAGGGUUUGUGGAGAGGAAGAGUUGGGGUGACAUUGCUGUGGAUGAUAUCAAGAUCCUGGACAAUCUGAACAUGGCUGACUGCAAGGAUCCUGAUGUUCCUACAGAGCCCAUGCUGCCUGAAGACCGAUUUAAUGAAAUGAUUGUGGACAUCACAGACUUCCCUGACAUGAUGGAGAACAAUGAGAUCCUCAACGGUGUCAGUGGCGGGGCAGGCAACAUGCUGCAGACACUGGACCCCAUCCUCAUCACCAUCAUCGCUAUGAGUGCCCUGGGGGUCUUCCUGGGGGCCAUCUGUGGGGUCGUCCUCUACUGUGCCUGCUCACAUGGCCACAUGUCAGACAGGAACUUAUCCGCUCUGGAGAACUAUAACUUUGAGCUGGUGGACGGAGUCAAGCUAAAGAAAGACAAACUCAACUCACAGAAUUCAUACACAGAGGCGUGAGCGGGAAGGGGGAAGUGAGAUGUGUGUGUGUGGGGAGUGUAGCAUUUUGUGCGUGUGCACAAGACUGUAGGCAUAGCCAAGACUCAAUGUGUGGCUGGGGCUAAAGGAACUGCUGGAGGCCUCUCAUUGGAGGAGGCCCAGGUUUAGGAACCAAUGGGAGGUUGUGAUUGAGCCAUUGCUUUUCUCAGGAGCUGCAGUAAUGGGAACCUACCAGUAGGAGACACUGUGUACAAAUUUAAAUACAGGAGGAAAAAAUAUGUACAGAUGAUUAGAUUAUUAUUUAAAUUGUUCUAUUUGAUUUUCAUUCAUUUUUACAAUCGGAUGCUGGUGUUGAGACCAAUUUAAUUAUCAAUGUUUAAAGUAUUUAUCAUAUUCUGUGAGGAAGAAACAUUUUUGUUAUUAUAAUUAUUUUAAAUCAAAGUAAUGUUUGUGUUGAAGGAGAAGUAUCAAAACCCAAAAUUAACCAUAACUGACAAUAUUGUUGGUCAUACUGCACCAUGGUGGAGUAGCAGCAGGGUGUGCCCUCUGCCCCCCUGACCUCUGCCCCUGUCUACAGGUGUGGGUCAGAGGUUAAAGGUAAAGGUUGCACCCCUUGGCAGUAGAUGGUUCUGAGUGCCUUUAAUACAUAUUUGUUGGCUUCCUUGUUGAUUUUGGAGAUUUUACAUCUCUUACGUUCUGACCACGUUGUGACAUCUGAAGCAGGGGCUUUAAAUGAGCUAAUAAUCAAGUCUGCAAAACAGGAUCCAAUCCCUCCAUGGCACUUUUCUCUCUCUCUGUCCCAGACCCACAUAAUAAUUGUAUAUACGUUUUAAUAUAUUUGAAUUAUUUUAAAGAAGAAAAAAUUGAAAAAAAGCUGCAGUAUCCCUUUUUCCAAUGGGUUGUGUGUUGUAAAUACAAUCAUCUGCCUGUUGUUGUGAAGAGUGAAGUAUUUUGGUUUAAUGGUUUCAUUUCGAGUAGGCUCUGUGUGCUGUGUAAAGAUAGGCCAGUGCACAUUCAAAGAAUACAUUUUCUUGUUCUACAUCUUCUAGAUGCAAUCCACUUCACGGCACCAUGGGGAGGACGAAGAAGUUACUGUAAACAGAAAAGGAAAAAAUAAAAACAGUUGUAUUCAUGUUA